CUGACCUCAAGUGAUCUGCCCACCUCGGCUUCCCAGAGCGCUGGGAUUACAGAUGUGAGCCACCACAUCCAGCCCGAAUUUUCCUCAAGUUCAAAAAUUCCUGACGAAGGUUUAGCUAAAAUAUUUGAUGAAAUUCUGCUGCAAGUGUUUUCUCAGGUUCCAUAUGACCCAUCAUUUGAUGAAACAAGAACAGCAGUCAGAUCCAUUACAAAGAGGGAAACACAAAAAAGCUAUUCCCAACAAAAGAGCUUGAAAGAUGCUACAUUUGCGUCAGGUUCAAAUGAGCGAGAGGAACAUUUGGCUAAAAUAUUUGAUGAAAUUCUACUGCAAGUCACAUCCCAGGUUCCGUAUGACCCAUCAUUUAAAGAAACAAUAGCAGUCAGAUCCAUUACAAAGAGAGACAUGAGAAAAGAUUACCUCUCAGAGGAGAAGAGGUUUAAAGAAUCCCCUCUGUCUGACGGGGAUUUAAGAGAGCCGUUAACUACUGCAGACAGAGAAACUCUUCAGGGAGCAGCUAAACCAGAAGGCCCUGGCUUGGCUCUCCCGUCUACAUCACCGCCUGCCCUGGACAGCUCUCCACACGAAGCCAGCUGCUACCAGGAAUCGGCAGAGCUGUGGUCAGCUUCUGCCUUCCGGGACGCUGAGUUGUGCUUGGCAGCCUGCGAUACUGGAGAGCUGCCCCUGGAGGGCGCCAGGGAAUCUCGUUGCUGGACUCGGACGGCCUCCAGUAGAGAUGACAUGACGGUGGUAGUGGCACUCAGCAGACACCAGGCCUUCCGGCCAGGCCUGGCCCACCGUGGGCCUCAGAGCUGCCGCUGGGGCGUCCAGGUAAGUGGUGCCUGGGUGGAGCGUUGCGUGGCUGCUGUCUCCGGGGUGGCCUGUGUCUGGAGGAGGGAGGGGCGGCUGCGGGGAGGACCAGGAGGGCUGCAGGACUGA